AUGAGCUUUCCCGUCGAUAACACAGCAGGAAACAACAACGCAAACACCAUGGCAUCAGACCCUCGCCUGAUCUACUACGACAUCGCCUUUGCCGUCCCCCGCGAAAAAAACACCGCGGCCCCCAACCCCUGGAAGGCCCGCUACGCCCUCAACUUCAAAGGCGUCCCCUACAAGACAGAAUGGGUGCAGAUGCUCGACAUCACCAAAGUCCGCAAGGGGCUCGGAGCGUCGGCCUGCCGGAAAUUCGCCGACGGGGCUGAUUACUACACUCUGCCGGUGCUAAAAGACAGCACAACCGGCGCGAUUGUCGGCGACUCAUUCGACAUUGCGCUCUACCUUCAGGAGACGUUCCCCGACUCUGGGUCCGGGGAUUUGUUUCCCGAGCAGCCCGACCUGAAUUAUGUCUGUCCUGGCGCGGAGGAGGUCUUGAUUCCGCUGAGCAAGAGGGAGGAUGUUCAGCACAAGGACUAUUCCAAGUUUAACACGAAUGUUGAUUGGGCGUUCACCCUGCACACGGCGUUGAUGGCGUCGGGGAUGAAGUGGGAUAAGGAGUUUGAACAAGGCAUCAAAGACGAAUUUGUGAGACGGCUAGGGGCGAAAUCGUGGGAGGAUAUGGGGGUUUAUGGGGAGAAGAGAGUGCAUAUGUUGGAGUCGCUGAAACAGACAUUAACGGGCCUGGCGGAAUUGUAUAAACGGAAUGAAAACGGGCCCUUUCUGCUAGGGGACAGGGCUUCGCAUGCCGAUUUUAUUGUGGGGGGGUGGCUGAGGUUUAUGGAGAGGACGUUGCCUGCGGACGAGUGGAAGCAGGCCGAGGGGUGGCAUGAUGGUGUUUUUGGCAAGUUGCAUGCGGCAUUGCAGGAGAGGUUUAGGGAUGUCAAAUAG